UCGUCAUUCGCGCCUCGUCCCUUCGCUGUGCUGCUGCUGCUGGCUGCCACGUGAUGCCGAGCCCUGCAGGACGCGCGGCACUGCCGCUACAGCAAGUGCCCACAGCGUGCAGCACUGCAGUCAGCGCGUGAGGCCCGCGGCGCACCUCGUGUCGCUCGGCAAGUGUCGCAGUGUGUGUCGCUGCUGGAUGUCGUGCGCCGGACACGCUUGUGCCGUAAGUGUUGCCUGAAGCCAGCGACAGGUGAGGAGGACACGGCGCGCGCUCUCAUGUCAACAUGUGUGGCUGCUGCUGUGGUGGGAAGGUGAGAGACCAUGAUCCUGGAGAAGAGAAAGGACUUCUGACCAGCCCAAUGCGCCACCGGGGAUGCACGGAUAUCGUCUGUUUGAUCAUCUUCACUUUCUUCUGCUGCGGCAUGGUGUUUGUGGCAGUGUUCUCGGUGACGAAGGGUGAUGCAUUCCGCCUGGUGUAUGGCACCGACAGCUUCGGUAACACCUGUGACGAGGACAACACCGGCCGUAGCGUUGCCAAUGUCCGCUACUCCGGCCAGAACCUCAAGGGCCGUCCCUACGUGUUCUUUAUGGACGUGAAGGACCCUGAUCGCUCCAUGACCAUCUGUGUCAACAAGUGUCCAGAGAAGGAGCUGAGAACACGAGAGGACAUCUUUCGCUUCUCGGAACAGACAGGCUCCUUGCUGUGUCGCUACGACCUGAACACCAUAGAGUACUACAAUCACAACAACACCUUGAAGGGACCAUGCCCGGUACUACCUGUAUACGCCAGCAAGCCACUGUUGAACCGAUGCAUCCCCAUCAAAUACCUGAACUUUGAGCCUUGGGUCUCCAACAACAUCAUUGCAUUUUUGAACAAGGCAGACAUUUUCCAGAAGGUUCUCAGAGACCUUUAUGCCAGCUGGCAGGAGAUGAUCGCCCUGUGCUUUGUAGCUGUGGGGUUUGCUGUACUGAUGAUUAUCCUAAUACAGGUCAUGGCAUCUGUUGUCGUGUGGAUAAUUGUCGUCUCAGUUCUCCUCUCCAGCUUCGCAGGGACUGCCUUCCUGUGGUGGACCUACAUCGGCUUCAAGACUUCACUGGAUCAGCAGGAGGAAACGUCUGUCCCUCUACUUGAAGUUGACAUCGACAGCGAGCAAACUUUCCUCAUUUUCUCUGGCCUAGCAUCAUGCCUUACUCUGAUGUUGCUGUUAGUGGUGGCAGCAAUGUGGAGAAGGAUUGGAGUCAUGCUAGCAUUGUUCCAUGAGGCGAGCCGCUGCGUUUCAGCGAUGCCAAUGCUGAUGAUGCAAGCAGUCUGGACGUUCAUUCUUCUUAUUCUAUUCUUUGUCUACUGGGUUAUCAUCCUGGCCUACCUGUCCACCGCAGAGAAACCAAAUGUGGAUCACUUGGGAUUUGUGCGCUACACAGAGCACGAGUUGGUGUCCUAUUUCUGGUGGUACCACAUCAUCGGGCUGGUCUGGGUCAGCCAGUUCAUUGUUGCCUGCCAGCAGUUUGUGGUGUCAGGAGCAGUUGGCCAGUGGUACUUCUCCAGGGCAGGAAACAGACCACGGAUGCCAAUCCUGACUUCCAUGGGAUGGCUGAUCGCGUAUCAUCAAGGCUCCGUCGCCAUGGGUGCAUUCAUCCUCACAUUAGUCAAGCUGCCUCGCAUGUUCUUCAUGUACCUCAGCAAAAAGUUGAAGCGUUCCGAAAACUUCUGUGCACAGUUCUGCAACCGGUGCUGUCUCUGCUGUCUGUGGUGCCUGGAGAAGUGCCUCAAGUACCUCAGUGCCAGUGCCUACACAGUUAUAGCUAUCAGUGGCAGAAACUUUUGUACUUCAGCUCGUAAGGCCUUUGGGAUUCUUGUGAGCAACGCCCUACGAGUGGCAGCUCUCAACAGCAUCGGAGACUUCGUACUUUUCUUGGGCAAGAUCACCAUCAUGGCUGCAACUGGCGCCGUUGGUGUUGUGUGGUUCAGGAGUCGCAGUGACCUGCACUUCUUUGCCAUUCCCAUCCUUCUGGUGUGUGUCUUUGCCUACUUUGUUGGUCACUGCUUCCUGUCAGUGUAUGAGAUGACUGUGGAUGCCUUGUUGCUAUGUUUUUGUGAAGACUGCGAUAUGAAUGAUGGCAGCCUAGAAAGACCAUAUUUUGCCAGCAAGCGACUUGUGGCUUUUGUGAAUGAAAGUACUCAGUCUUUGAACAAGCUUUCACGGCGGAAAGAAACCAAUGCAGAAACAGAACCAGCCCAGGUGUGAUAUUUUCCAGAAGAAAAAAGUUUCAGGUUGCCACUCCUCUGUGUCGUGAGCAUGUCAGUGGUGACACUUAAAUGACACUGGUGACAGUUUUGUGACACUGCUCAGCAAACAAAAGAAAUUUUAUGGACUUUUGACUUUCUUGACACUGAAUUAUUGAUGUCCACCUCCAAACAUUAUGCAGGUGCAGGAAGCACUUGUGUGAAGCUCUGCAUGUGAUGUCUGGUGUCGGUUGUGGAGAACCUUAAGCGGCUUGGCUUAGGAUAACAAGAUACGAUGGCUUUGGGGUUAUAAUAGCAGCUUGUGCAUGUUUAAACAGAUCAGAUUAUUAAAAUGGCUGCAUAAAUUAUUAUGGAAACUGCAUAACAAUUGACACCACGAUUGUACAAUAGUGAUCAUGGUUCAGCAGCAACAGCAUCAGUCAUUUUUCUCAAAUUUUGUUUAUUCCAAAAGAUCAGGCAUUAUUGAUAAUGUUCAAGUCAAGUUAAAGCACAGCUCCACCGCCAAAGACAGAAACUUUAACAAAACCAAUUUUACUAAUGAUUGUGUUUUAUAUGUAAAGAGCAUAUUUACAGCUGUAAAUUCAUGAAGACAUGCUACUGUGCACUCCUUCACUCUCGUGACCCAAAGCACUCGGUGGUGUUGUGUGUUUAAGUACGAAGAAUUGUACAUUUACAGCAACAUGACCAGUGAAUGAUGCAGUAAGUCUAAUACAGGAGCAGACAGGCAUGAGAUUCAGCAGAUCUCAGGAAAGUUGAGAAUCCAAGUGGCCAUCAAGGUGGCCCAAUGUGCAAGAAUGUUUAACCCAGCUAGAGAUCAGUACUAUGUCCAGCAUGUGAUAUGUAAUGUGACAAGUCCUGGCUUGAAAGUAAUCUGCAGAUAUUCUAUCUACUGGUGGAGGACAGUUUGACCAUCCAUCUGGUCACCAUUGACAAACAUGUCCUACCACCUGCCAAGACUCUGAACCAUGAGUUUCUAUGACAGAGCUGGUCCAUUGCGUUUCUUCUUCCAUGAGUAACUGUAUUGUACUGUAAGCUGCCCUGGGUAUCAAGUCUUCAGCAGCUGGUGCAGGUUGUAAAGGGCUUUUGUUUACCCAGUGAACUUGUUGUUGGACUGAUCUCACGUUUUGAUCCCAAAGACUGAAACAAAAGAAACUGGUAAAAUCAAAACCAAAUAUCUUGCAAGGAAAUAAACUUGUCAUUUGAGCAGCAUAAACAGAAGAGAACUUACGUGGUCAGGACAGCACUAAGUACAACAUUGUGCACCACGUACAACAAGCACAAUCCUAGAAGGACUUGCGGCUAUUGUACACUGCCCAGAAAAACUAAACUUGACCAGAGUGAGUACAUUUGAUACAGUGGGAUAACCAAAGAGAGUACACUUUAUACCAUGGGACUUUUUGGUGAACACCUGGUCAAGCAUAUACAUCUGGAACUUCUAUGUAGGAGUGACUGAGAAACAUAAAUGUCAAGCUAGGAGCUACUAUCAGAGAAUGUUCUAGAACAGAAUGUGAUCCACAAAGAGCCUUGGAGAAGCUUUGCCAACCACAUUUAUCUGGUACAAAGUAGUGGCAGUCUGUGGCAGGCAUGUUAAUCUAUAACCCAACUUUGUAUUCAUCUGUGCACAUUGUGUGUGUGUGUGUUCGCAGGUGUGCAUGGAUUUAUGAAACUUUGUGAAUGCUUGCUGUGAAAGAAAUCACAACACCCAGCUUCUCUCAGUGUUUCCUGUUCUGAGACCAUUGAUCUGAUCAACAGUUUUCUCACUCUUUAUAAUUCUGCCAUUUCUGCCUGUCAUCUUCUAAGAAAUGAAAGAGAAGAGUUUGAAUACUGCCUCGUUUUACUCUGGUUAAGAGAAGACAAAUCCUGUCCAUUUAAAUGUUAUGUCCCUUAAUUCUUUAUAGUUUAUUCAAACAUAUAAAGUCACAAAACACAUGUCUACAUGGGGGAUGAGCAAGAAUCUCUAAAGUGUAAAGUCAUUCGUAACAAGCUCCAUAUACGUUACAAACUUUCUCAGAAUGUGGUAUAUUCAGGAAACAAACUUCUCCAAAAUAUCGUUUAGCUCUAUUCCCAGACAAGAUGUGCAUUGGACACAUAGCACAAGCCAUAAACAAUAAGGCUACUGACAUUUUUAUAUCCCUGACUCCAUAAAAAUUGUGCAUUUACAAGUGUUACAUAUCUAUAGAGAGUUUAUGAUAUUUCAAUAUCUGUGUAAUAAUGCUCAGAUUUGUUCUGCGUGCAACAUCAUGAAAAAGUUUUGAUAAUAGUGUCUGAUUGCUCCCUCAUUUGACAUGUAUAUGUGAUGUAUAUGUGUGUGUAUAUAUAUAUGAUGGACUGUUAGAAUGGGAAUGCCAGGUAAAGUCUUACACAGAGUACAACUGGGAUUCUCUCCCUUGCCCUUUUUCUCUUUCUCUCGUCAGUUGCUGUUUCAGCCAAGUUCUGGGUGGUGGCCAAGGUGUUAUGUGCGCACAGGCAUAUGUGUUCACCCAUUCAUCAGAUAUAGCAUGCGUGUCAUGAUAGGGAAAAUCUGUUCAUACUUAUAAAGUUGAAAUUGAUUGUGAUAUAUGUGAUGUAUGUCCAGAAGGCCAGGGUUGUAUUUUUGUCAAGCAGCAUAACCUGCUGUUGGUUUGGGGGGGCAGGACUAGACACGACCUGAUACUAAUGCCGCGUUAAGCUUUUAUAACCGAUUUCUGUUAGCUGCCUUUUGGUUUUGUAAAGGUAAAGCAGUUUUAUGCAACAAAAGCAGCUGAUCGGGUAUAACCAGCUGCCAAUGAGACUAUUUACCAGCAUGAUUUUGUACGGGUUAUGUUUUCUUUCUGUGGCUUCUGCUAAGCUGACUGUAGCCAAGUUAGGCAAAGCAUUAGUAUACACCGUCUCAGUUGUCUACCCUUGCUGCAGCAUGCACAUUAUUGAAGUCCAGCAGGUUUCAUAACUCCUGUUUUCUUCAAUACAGCAAACAUGGGGUUUUUUUUCCUUUUUUUUUUUUUUUGCUUUAGUAUGAGUGAAAGCAUGCUUGCAUGCAAGACUGUUGAUGUAUGUGUUAGAAGUUUGUUUUAUUAUUCACAUUGUGAAUUUAUUAUUUUUGUACAUUGAUAUUGUCUUAUGCAUCAAAAAAUAGUAAUAAUAGGUCAGUGCUCAGCAUUCAAAACUAGUGGCCUGCCAAGGUGUUCCAGACAACAUGUGAUCCUCCCUCAAAGGUCCUGGCUCCAAAAACACAUGCAGGCUGUUUCAGUGCAUAAUCUGUUGUGUACAUGCACAGCUGCACACAAGGGUAUGCUUGAUUACCAUCCCGGCACCAUCUUAUUUGUGACUGCAUGGUCAAGAAAGGUCCUGUAUUUUGUAGGCCAUUUAUUACUCCCAUCUGUGAUGCUUAAAGCUUCCAAUGUUCCAUUGUUGUAAUGACUACAGAUUAAAGGCUACUACUUAUCCAAGGGAUAUAGCUCUAAAUUGUAAAGUAUUCAGUUUAAAAAAAACAAAACUUGUCUAUUAGAACUUGAAAGAUUUCACCAUCUUUCUUUAAUUUUUCAACUUCCUGAUCUGCAUUAAGUACACGUUGCUGUAUUGCCUUCAUUACUUUGCUUCACAAAUAUCCUACUUUUGUUGCAUCCUAUCAGUAGGAGUUUGCUGAAAGUCAUGAGCACACAAACUUAAAUACAACUCUUGCAGCAAAUGUCAAGUGAUCAGUUCUCACAUUGUGGAUGCUUUAUUGCUGCUCAUGAUGGGAAUAGUUAAACAAAAAAAUAAGGAAAUGACUUUUAACAAUUACAAACAGAUUUAACAAAUAAUUUUGGAAUAAAAGCCAGGUUUAUACAAUCAUGCAGCAGAGUAGGUAGCAAUAAAAAAAAAACAAAGUCGCGCUUACUACUAUGAUAUGUUUUUUAUUACUUUGAAUAUAUUCUCCUAAAGCUCUUGUGGUAAGACUAAAUCAAAUAUGCAUUAAAAUCCACCACUGCUACUUUUUUCAUAACAGCAUAAUAGAAUAUGUUAAUAGAAUAAUUUUAUUUAUAAUUCAGGUUUGAAAAAGCUUAGAGGUAUAUAGUAAUUGACCAUAGUCCAUGAUCUGAUAAAUAUAGGACGGUAUGAUCUAGAAAAUUUGUGCUUUCCAUUUAUAAUGAAAAACUCAGACAAAGAUGCGUUUACCAGCUGUUAGGUAGAGUUCUGAGAAGAAGACGAUUAUGUUGUGGAGACUAACUGCUAGGUAGGGUUCCAAGAUGAAGACAGCUAUGUUGUGGAGACUUGUUAGGAUUCCACAGAGGUGACACUCCUCCCUUUACCUUUAAGUGAUUUAAAUGUCAAGACAGUGGAGUGGAGAGAGGAAACCUUUCAGUCCCCUAAUAGACACAAGAGAAAUAGACAGGACUGCUUGAAGCAGAGUUGUGAACAAGAUGAUAAUGAUAACUGUGGGACAAAGUAAAGCCAAUAGCCCUUACAGGUAGCUCACAUUCCCAUGGCCAGCUGAUAGCUUGUACUGUAAGUAUACAGAGGUGUGUGACUGAGUCAAUAGACCAUGUAGAAAGCCUGCAAACUUCAUGGAGAGGUGAUAAUAUCCAUGGUUCCCUUAAUGGUCACAGUACCUAUGGAGAUUGGCAAGCCCAAUAAUAAACUCAAAAUUUAAUCAUGAUAAAAUCCAUUUACAUUUACAAGAGAUAUUCACUAACUGGCCAGAAUCAUGUGAGUGCUGUGUUUAUAGUCUGGUCAGUUUGUGAGGAUGUUAGUUCAACCUGGGAAUGGAACCUUUGCCACUGAAGGACUGAGGUCUUAAUGACAAUCUUUGGUUGUCACGUCAGAAAAUGGUUAUCAUGACAACUGGUUCAACUUUGUGUACCAAAAAUAAUCUGAACAGUAUACAUGAUGGUCUUCAGUGACUACCACCAUGAACAGCACAUAGUAUUUUUAACAAGCUGAAUGUCAGUGCAACGUUGCCAGCAAUAAUUGAUAACAAUCAGAAUGUUUGUGGCAUGUUUUACAGCUCAAGAAUGAAAAUAAUGAUGGCUAAACAUUAACCUUCAAUUCUUUCUUUGGUGUGGAGUUUGUGCUGAGAGAGGGAGACCUCUACAUUAAAGUUCCAGGUUUCUCACUGAAAGAAUCCUGUGACAUUGUCUACAUAAAUCAGAUUUUUUUUUGGGUGUCAUUCACGCAUGCAGAAUUCAGAUGGAUUUGAACACAACAAGGUUUCAGGCACAUGACUCGGAUGUAUGAUCUAGAUACAAGAGGUAUUCAUUAAUCUGGUCAAAAUUCAGUAAGGAUUCAGCCACGAGAUAACCCAGAUAAAACGGUGAUGGACAAUGGUCGAGGCAUGUGAGAUUCAGCUGAAGGUCCAGACACAGCAUUAUUUCAGAUGAUCCACACACAAAGAACUUGGAUAGUUUAGACAUCAAGUUGUUUGAAAUUUGAUAGAAAUGACAAAAAGUAAAAACACUUGAAACUGAAAACUGCCCUUGCCCAAGCUCAGAUUUGUCCCCAUUCGGCAAUUAUUUUCCCCUCUCCGCCAUUAAAAUACAAAGUGCUGAAAAUAAUUACGGGUAUUUUCAGUCUGUUUCCUUUUAUUUUCCCUCAAUAUGCAAAAUCAAGGCUGGUGCUUAGAUGAACAGGAAAUGCUUCAGACAAAGACUUUCUGAUUAGUCCAUUUGUCUGUGUGAUGUAGAAAUAUGUUUGCUGUAGUCAUAUCUGUUGAUGAGUUUCUGUUGUGCUUAGUAAAUCAGCAAAUCAGAAGGAAAUGAUUCAGUCAGUUCACUAUAUUAAGCGUACUCAUUUCACUUGCUUUUGAAUUUUUUGUUAAUGUUAUGUUUUAUGUUAAACCUUUUAAGCAAUGAGAUUUUUGUUUGUUGAUGCCAGUUUUCUUUUCUUCAAGAUUUUGCUUUAAGGUGAUUGUUGUCAAAAUGUGUUUUGAAACACAGCUUGUGAUGUUGACCUUUUGGCAGCAGAAAGGUUGUGAAUAUUGCACUUUGACAUUUCUUUAUAAGACACCAUUGCCAUUGUUAGUUGAGAUGUAAUUUAGCUAUACCAGUCCUGAGGUUCUGUGCUGUUCACAUUUUCUGUUUAUUUCAUGACUGAUUUGUGGAGUAAAGUAUAUUUCUGUCACUAAACUGUUCACACACAAACAAAUGUCAUAUGUGUAUACAUAUACAUAGACUGUGUUCUAUAAUUUAAUGUUUGUAUGCUAAAACAUCUUCACUUGAAGCGCUGGUCAGUUUGCUGUGCAACAAUGUAGCAACCAACUAAGAGGUGCCCCCUGUUCUUUUGAAGACGUUAGUAAAUUAUAAAACUUUGAUGACAAAAGUGUCAAAAAAAAUCAGUAAACUUUGUAAACAUGUAAUUAGGAAGCACCUCGAUUAGAGCAGCUGGAAGCAAACAUUUCUAAUCUAAUCCAUAUCUGCAGUAAAGCAAGGAUAGCAGGUUAAGAUGCUUUGUGUCUUAAGUUCAACAGCAACUGUUAGAUGACAUUAAGCAAAAGUUCAAAUAAUACAAUUACAGGCUUCAUUUUCCUGGUCACACACCCUCCCUUUCUCAGUCUUGAUGGUUUGAAUCCUUUUUGUCAGUCACGAGUUUAACAGAUUACGAGGGUUUUUUUAAAGCACUAUUAUUAUCAAGAUGUAGCUGUUUUCCUUGCAUAUUAUUGGGAUUUGGUAAUUUAACAUCUCAAAGUAAAGAGAAGGAUAAGUCAUUAUUCAUGAGACAAAAACUACAAAAUUUUUGACAAGGGAAACAGACACUUGUAUCCCAUUUUGUUAAAAGAAAAAAAUACAUGCCUAUCAUCAAUGUGAUCCUCAAAUAUAUUUACAGGUUGGUGAACUAAUGAGUAUCAGAUGUGAUGAAAGAUAUUGGUCCGACACUGUGACACUGACAUGCUGUCAACAGGGGCUGCUAUCUUCACACUGUGCUGCAGUCCAGUUCUCAUAUGGACCCAAAAUAGACCUAGCACAGAUACAUAGAGUGAAACAUAUCAAUAGACAUAGAAAGACAUGUUAAUACAGCAUCAAAAUCUCGCACUCAAGAAGAGGUGAAGAAAAGUUAUUGUGAACACUUAGUUUAAAGUUUUGUCUUAAUGUCUAGGGACAUGUUUAGUGAUGGUAAUACCCGCUUAGUGAGGGUGAUAGCAACAUAAUGAGGGUAAUAGCAGGAUAGUGACAGUAAUAGCAGCACUUUGCAUGUAGACUAUGGUGAAAAGCUCAUUUCAGUUUUGUGUUUUAACCACAUGUAUGCUGACCAAACUGCUUUCAUAAUUGCACUUUGACUCUCCACUUGCUACUGUGCAGCAUACCACAUCGUCUUUAAAAAUCUAUGAACCCUAUAUAGGGUUUGAGGCAUUUUCUGGCAAUACAAGUUUAUCGAUUCAGCAAUACAGAGGAUUCCGCUCUUUUAUAUUAGCUGGGAGAUCUCAUCUUCUCUAGCAUUGCUGUUGGCAGGCAGCCAGCCAGCAAAUCAUUUUGUAAGCAGGGGUGGGGGAUGAUAGGGGUAAAGCAUUGACCCCCUCGUAAUUGUCAGUUGGCAAGUUUGCAUGGCUAUAUUUUUUGCAGUCCUCUUACUAUAUUCGUUAAAGACAGGUUAUCUACUAUCAAUCACUUUAUUAUAAUUGUUUCUUUACAUUUUGGCAAGAGUAUUAUGUUUCAUGUUCAUAGAAGUAUUCAAUGUUUACUGGCUGUAAAACAGUAUAUUUUUUUAAUCUGUCUCAGUCUGGGUUUUUUCUUUUUUAUGAGUUACACAUAAUGCUUGGCAUUUUAAUGGACAGUUUUGCUUUGCUUUUGUUUGAAAAUUGAUUUAUUUCCAAUGGCUUUUAAAUCGCCCUUUUUUUACUUGCAUUACAAAGUUGUGUUUGGUUUAUCAGUAUCCUUCAUGGAUGAUUGCUGUAUGUUGGCAGCAUUUUCGCAAGUCAUUGUCUUCAGAUUUGCAGUUUAUGUGUACACGGUCAUUAUCAAAUUUAAUUAACACUUUAAAUUUGAAGGCUGCAACUUCAAAUCAUGAUUAAAAAAAAGUACUCUAACAAGCUGGGUAGGCAACAUCUACAUUCUUAAGUUAUCUAUAACCCUAAUCCUCUAAUUAUCAGAUGAUGCAAUUUUUUCUAAUAUAAAAUAAUGAUUUAUAGAAAUCACUCAUGCUUCAUGUCACUAAUAAUGUUUUUGACAGUUUUUUUUUUAAGUUUGCAAAUGAAGAAAAUCAGUUAUAUGUUUGAGACUGUACAUUUUUUAAAUCCUUUACCAUCAAUUAAAUGGCAAGAAUAAAUCACAUUUUAAACUGUAGGUGACAUCAAGUGUUUCCAGUGCAUGUGCAGCAGGAACAUGACAUCACAUAACAUAACAUGAUGAGUUACAAAGUAACGCUUUGGUCACUGGGGAAGCAUGGCCUGGUUUCUUUGAGACAGUUAAAAAAUGGUUUUGAUUUAAAAAAAAGACAAUUUCUACUUUAAACUGUGUCCAGUUGCAUAAGAUUUUACAUCACUACCAUCAUUUACAGCCUACAAGAGAGUAGGUAUAAUUUUAAGACAAAGUGAUUAUUUGUUACAAAGUCUGCUGAGCAUAAAAAACAGCAAGAAAUUUUUUAAGCAUAGAAACAAUAUUUUUUCCUCCUUUAUUUUCCUCCUUUAUAAUUUAAUAGCAAAAAUAAAUAAAGACAAAAGCACGUAGAUUACUCAGAUUGUACUAGUGAAGGGUUGUUAAACUUUUUCUUUAAAAAAAAUAUCAACUGAUGUUGCUGGUUCAACAUUCCCUUUGGUUCAGUGAGGAAUGAAUAAAGUCUUGUAUGAAUCAUACAUUGUUCCCCCUUUGGUGAAGUUAUGCCCAUGUUAAGGCCCUCACUAAAGGAAAAUACACCAUUGCCUAAGUUUUGUACUGGUCUGCAGUAUUUUCCUGCAAAGUGUCCUGUUACAGUAUGUGUGUAUGUAAGUCGAUCACAUUACAUUAUUUGAAUGCUGCCGAACAAAGGCUACCAAUGAAUAAAGGAUACUUAAGUGAUACAAA